GGCCGCAAACAAAACCCUCCUCGUCAUCCGCGCCUCCCUCCCUCUCCCCCUGUCUCGCCCAAAUCUUUUCUUCACCACCCCAGCACACCUCUCCCCUCCUCUCACAUCACACUCACAGCACAGAGCGCGUGUGCGCGCCGCGCCAUCUCUUGUGCUUGGCGUCAACGCGUUAGUUUCAGCGCGCGCGCGCGCGCGUGCGUGGGAGAGGAGAGAGCGAUCAGUUCGGCCGUCGGCGGCCGGCGGGCGGCGGCCGAUGGGGAGGGCGCCGUGCUGCGACAGGACCAAGGGGCUCAAGAAGGGGCCCUGGACGCCGGAGGAGGACAAGCUCCUCGUCGACUACAUCCAGGCCAACGGCCACGGCAGCUGGCGCCUGCUCCCCAAGCUCGCAGGGCUGAACCGGUGCGGCAAGAGCUGCCGGCUGCGGUGGACCAACUACCUCCGGCCGGACAUCAAACGCGGGCCCUUCAGCCCCGAGGAGCAGAAGUCCAUCGUCCAGCUCCACGCCAUCGUCGGCAACAAGUGGUCCAUGAUCGCGGCGCAGCUGCCGGGGCGGACGGACAACGAGAUCAAGAACUACUGGAACACGCACCUCAAGAAGCAGCUGCGGCGGAUGGGGCUCGCCGAGCCCCCGCCCGGCCCGGCCGCCGGCUGCCCCGCCGCGCGCCACAUGGCGCAGUGGGAGACGGCGCGGCUCGAGGCGGAGGCGCGCCUCUCCCUCCUCGCCUCGUCCUCCUCCGGCGCCACGGGGACCACCGCGGCCACCACCACCAUCUCCGCCUCCUCGUCGUCGACCUUCGCCGCGGCCGGCGAGAAGGCGGCGUCCAAGCCCGCGGACAUCUUCCUCCGGCUGUGGAGCUCGGACAUCGGGGACUCGUUCCGCCGCAGGGCGGCCGCGCCGGCGCCCGUCAGGAGGAACGACGUGGUGAUCAUCAAGCAGGAGGCGCAGGCGCCGCCGGGCCCCGGGGACGACUCCUCGGCGGCGUCCAACGAGACGGAGGCGCUGGAGGAGUACCAGAUGUUCCUCGACUUCGCCGGCGAGGAGCUGGGGCUGUUCCACGGCCGGCACGGCGGCUUCUCUCUGUUCCCGCCGCACGACGACGUGCUCGCCGAGGCGUCCCUGGACACGGCGUUCUAAGCUAGUGAAGACGACGUAGCCAUCGCCACGUACGUACGUACGUACACGUCUACGCCUCCGCAUGCGCGCAUGUAUGCAUGUAUAUACGUACGCAUGUGUCGCGUAUCGCGUGCGUGGCACGCACGUGUGGCUCGACGCAUCAGGGAAUUUUGGGGUUAGGGCAGCAACUGCCCGUUUAGCUUGUUAACUGGGGUUGGUUAAGGCAGGACAUCAAGGUGUAUUAUGGCUUGUA